AUGGACUCUAUGGUCGUCGAUGAAGCAACACUUUUGGUCCUGAAUGAAUCCAGCGAAGGUGUUGUUACCCCGCUCGAAUCGACUGCUGCUAAGGACAAUCGCCAUAUUGUGGAUUCUACUGAUAAUCAAAAACUGGAUUAUGAGGAUAUCAGGUCACUGCGAUCCAGUGGCACCUCUGGAAACGAAAUUCUCACGGAGCUGGUGAGAGGCAAUGCAAAUUUUGAUAAGAAGACAAAAUUUUCACAAGAGAAGUAUGUGUCGAAGAAACGGAAACGGCACUUGAGUUUAUUUACCAUUGAGAAGCCGUGCACACGGAUCCUUUGUGAGCUGUACUCCAAACUGCGCCGAGACAAAUGCAUGUACGUCGUGGCUUAA